UCUCGUAAACAAUUUGACAGAUAAGUGCUGAAUUUCGUUGCACAGGUAAACUAUUUUUAGUGCAAGUAAGUGUGUUGUAAAGGACACAGAGAAUUACGUAUCUUUGAGAUUUUUAAAGUGAUAAUCGUUUAAUUGAUUCAAAUUUUCUAUUUUCUCAUACCAGCUAGUAAAAUGUUUCUUUCAUUGCUCAAACGCAGUGUGCCGUGCAACUUACGCCUUAGCGCAAUCCGAGCUAUGUCUGACACUCCUCUUGGUGACAUAGGAAGUGGUGCUGGCAAAGGUGGCGGUGCUGGUGGAUCAAUUAGAGAAGCUGGUGGUUCCCUUGGCAAAAUGCAAGCAGCUCAAGAGGAGGAAUUCUUCUACAAACAGCAAAAAGAGCAAUUGAAAAAACUCAAAACUGACCUUAGUGAUGAAAUCACGUUCCACGAAGAACAGAUCAAGCGUCACCAAGAGGCUAUUGCCAGGAACAAAGCCCGUGUUUCCGAGUUGGAAAAGAACUAAAAUAGUGAUACUUCUUUACAUGUGCACUCAGAAAUCUUUUAGUUUUCUAAGAUACCUCCUAAAGCACCUCUCGUUUUUUGUUUUUACUUUUUGUUUUUUUGAAUCUUUGAAGAUGAAAUGUACAUACUAGCUUUCAUUAUUGCCUACUAAUCAUCUCAGAGGUUAUUCCUCUCAAACUUAGUUGUCAGUGUUUAACCACUACGAAAAUUAACACAGCAGAUGUAUGAGCCGAGGAUACAUCUUGUUACAAUAUUUCAGUAUUUUGAGCAUUUUUCAGUCGAAACUUAUUCAUAAUUUAUUAGCUGAGUUUUGAUCAAGUUAAGUUUUGCCUAAGUAUUAUUUUACAGAGAAAAAAAGAACUGUAACAUAAAUUGUGAAUAAAUUUAUACCUGUUCAGUUUU